CUUUCCUUUUCCAUGGGUAUCUGACCAUUAAAAAAUAGAAUAUCCCACUGAUUCCCUCACUGACCAUUCACGCCCAAACACAUGGAGUGGAAUGGAACUACCUCCUAAGUCCUAUCGCAGCAACAUAAGUUUCAGUGGUCCAGUCAGACCUCCCAAACUUCUGCAAUGGCGGUUCUGACGAAUGGGUCUUCGUUACGCCCGCCCCUACAAACGUGCCAAUCCUCCAGACCACGACACUUGAACCAUUCGAACAUUAUCAUUGUUCGUCGCAGAGCAUUCUCACAAGAUUCGAAAGUCACAAAUUUGCCCCAAUUCUUCAAAUCCUCAUCUUUACUAGUUAAAAGCUUUCAGGGUGAAGAUGCAGAAAAUUAUGAAGCUGCAAUAUCGAGGAAUACUCCAGAGGGACAAAAUAAAGUUACUGACAAGGUAUUUGAAAAUCUGGAAAAUAAAACUGCCGGUACAGAAAGUUCAUUCUUGGCAAAAUUAGCAAUAGUGUUGGGCAUAGCUGCAACAAUUACAUUAGUAUCUAUUGGCCUCAAGCAGCCUAAUCAAGGUAGGUUGCUUGGAUUUCCAUAUCUUGCUGAUGCUUCAUCCUCUUCCACUCUUGCUGCUCCUGCUGUUGGUUUCACUUUUAAAGCUUUUGGAUACAGAGUUGUACUUCCAGAGUUUGCCCCAGGAUGGAUCUACUUUUGGCUCUUGAUGGCCGCAGGUUGUGGACUUUUCAUUAGUGAAGAAGCUCUAAAUAUAUGGGUUGGCAUCUCCAUAGCAAGGAUGCUCUCUUUGGAAGGGACAUGGCAGUCCUUUGUUGAGUCAUUCUCCAGAAAUGCUUCAUACAUAAUAUCCACAAUUUUGUGGGUAUACUGGGGUGUUUGUCUUAGUGACAUGAUUCCAUUUUACAUGGGGAAGCUCUUUAGACAAUCUGGGGCAUCUGAUGAUGUUUGUUCAAAGUUGGGGAUCAGCAAGGAGAGAGCAAUGAAUAUCACAUCUGUAGUUCAACGAUAUGGGAAUCUCGUAGGUUUUGUAGAACGAUUUUCCCUUGGAGUGAGAAAUCCGACAGCAUUCCUAGCAGGAGCACUGGACGUAUCUCCAGAAUGUUUCUUUGCCGGUGUCUGUUGUGGUGGCUUGAUCACUCUUCCAGUUCAGUUGGGGAUUGGAUUCUUACUGAGAGAGCGUCCUGUGUUCGCCCUUGCAACUGUUGCAACCGUUGUGGGAAUUUGGACUGUGUUCCCCUAUGCUGUGGCUGCUUCAACAGCAUUAUUCCUUUAUCUAAGGCGACGCCUCUACUCUAGGUAGUCCUGCUUGUAAGUUUUUGCGGAAUUUAUUAGUCCCUGGGGAUGAAGCAGACAAGAGCUAUGGAUUUGGUAGAUAGGGGCUAUGGAUUUGUUCGUCUGGAGGGACUUUUUAUUAAUAUAGUUCAGAUGAUUUUGCAAUUACUUGUUGAUUAAUUAUUCUUGCUUUUUCUUUGGUUUUACUGAUAGGUAGUGGUGAUAGGAACCAACUUAGAAUGAUUUACAAAUUGAUGUAUAGCUAAGUAGUGUUGCCAUUUUAUCAAGGAAAAUUUCCCCUUGUUCAUUGUAGGUUAGAUGUCCGUCUCUCUUUGUAUUAUGAUUUUUGAAAUACGAAGAGUUGUAAGUUUGUACCAAUACAUCAUUUCACAUCUGAAAAUGCGAC